AUGGAAAGCCGUUUGGAUAGAGUUGUUAAUCUGGAGCAUACUUUAUGCUAUUCUGAGUAUCUUGUAUCGACUAUUCCUAGAUAUUCGAGAACAUUUUGUAUUUUUUUCAACGACCACUCGUCCUUCAUUCCUGUGACUUUUAUGCUCGGUUUUUAUGUAUCGGCAGUGUUUAAUCGAUGGCGUCAAGUUUUCGACAAUAUGGGAUGGAUCGAUCAGCCUGCUCUGCAGAUAACGCAAUCGAUCCGCGGUGAAGAUGAGCGGUCGAAAAUGAUAAGACGUAACUGCAUACGGUACUUGGUGUUGAUGGAGGCACUCGUAUUCCGCGACAUCUCCACCUUAGUUCGCCGUCGCUUCCCUACCAUGAACCAUUUGGCUAAUGACAGCUCGAGAAUUGAGGAAUACGACAAGGUCGUCACUCCUAAUGCCAAGUACUGGCUACCGAUUCAGUGGCUUCUUUCGCUUAUCACACUUGCAUGGGAUGAAGCGAAGCAAAGGGGAGUAUUACGGGUCAUUAUUAGAUGA